AUGAGAUUAGCUCACCUACACAUACCUCACCGUAUACCGUAUUCACAUUCGUUGAAAUUGCAAACGGCACUUUUGGAAAGGCACUUCAGCUACAAGGACCAGCUCCACAGCGGCGAACAAGCGAGAAGAAAGAGAGGGAAUGAGAAUGCAAACUCGUAUCUCGAGAACACCAGCAGCCAAAGAAGAAUCGAUAAGCAUGGGUAUAAAGAUGAUGCCGCCGGGUUGACCCUGAGCACACCAAGUCGAGUAACCGAGAGCUCAGAUGCCCAAAUCAAGACGCUCACGACCUCUACGUUCUCGUCCCUCUCCCUCUCACCGCCGGACCCAGUCGUGCUGACUUUCGCCACGCACCCAACCUACACAGUCGGCCGCCGCCAUCUGCUCAGCAACCCAAUUUCCGAGUCACAGCAGAACUUCCUGACCGCCAGUGGCCGCGCGACCUUCCACGCCUCCCCUCGCGGCGGCCUCCUCACGUACCACGGCCCAGGCCAGGUGACGGGCUACGUGAUCGCAGAUCUACGACGACACGGGAUCACGGCGCGAUGCUGGGUGAAAAUGCUCGAGAAAAGCGUCAUGCGGACCUGCGCACACUGGGGCGUGGGGACGAUGAGGACACGUGACCCGGGCGUCUGGGUCAAGAACAACGAUGCUCCGACCGAACAGAGAGAGGUAGACGACUCGGAUGAAACAUCAUCGACCGACCGCAAAAUCUGUGCUAUCGGCGUCCAGGUAUCUCGGGGCAUCACGUCCCACGGUAUCGGGCUCAAUGUGUACGAUGCACCUUUACCCUCUUCGGCCGCGGGCCCAGUAUAUGAGUUUACGGCCGCGCAGACGCGCUCGCCAUCAUACGACCCGCUGACGCGAGGCUAUCUGUCUUGGGGAUUCAGUCGAGUCGUUGCUUGCGGCUUGGAGGGGAAGAGCGUGACGUGGUUGAUGCGCGAACGACGGCAAGGUCCAGAGCCAGGGGCAGAAGAUCAUUCCGUCAUCUGUCUGGAAUCUGUUGCGGACGUUUUCGCGCAGCAAGUUAUGCAUGGUCUGAAUGCGAUGAAGGCAAGUGGGAAGGAAAGUGUUCAUGAAGUUUACCGGAUCCAUGAAAGCCAGUGUACUGGACCAGGAGGUGACGAAGGAAAUUUGUCCGAGGCUGAGAUUGGGUGA